CAUUCUUUUAAUUAAAUAUACUUGUAGUUCUAAAAUCUGACCAAUGAACUCUUGUAUUUUCACAUAAAAAUGAGAAUUCUAAUGAGUGAAAAUCAACCAUAAAAAAUCAUUGCUAACAUAUUCUACGUUUGAUCUGUUUUCUUAUGAAACAUUUUUAGAAUGUGUUACGGAACACGCACGACUGUCGUGACAGAAAAUUGAGUCAGUUCCGCAAGCAGAGCGCGAGAGCGGUUGUCUCUCUGUUUCGUUUAUAAUUAUAAAAUACAUUCAUAUAUGAUGGCGUCCGCGAAAAGAAAGCAAGACGAGAAGAAUUUGAAAAUAUUACGCGAACUGGUUUCGCAAUCCGGUAAUAAAGAAUGUUUUGACUGCCAUCAACGAGGCCCAACUUACGUCAACAUGACAAUCGGUUCAUUCGUCUGUACUUCUUGUUCUGGUAUGCUACGAGGUUUAACACCACCACAUAGAGUAAAGUCUAUUUCUAUGGCAACAUUUACACAAGAGGAAAUAGAUUUUAUAAAGGAACGUGGUAAUGAAUAUUGCAGAAGAAUAUGGUUAGGCUUGAUGAAUCAAAAUUCAUCUCAAAAUUUAGAUACAAAAGAUGAACAAAAAAUGAAAGAUUUAAUGAGUGCAAAAUAUGAACUUAAAAGAUAUUAUUUGGAUCCAUCCAUGGCAAAUCAAAACUCAAAUCAAAAGUCACAAUCAUCUAAUCAAAUCAACAUUCCAAGGGUUCCACAUUCUGGAACAUCUACAUUAUCUUCCACAUCAACUUCAAAAAUAAACAAUGUUGAGUCAGUUAAUUUUAAUAAUUUUUCGACAGAUUUUGUAGCUGAUUUCAGCAAAGUUCCUGAUCCAUUUAUUAACACAACACCUGCAAGUAAACUCAGUCAACCAAUUGUACCUCAGCCAUUUUUUGCCAAUUUUGACAACAAUCCUGUUUUUAAUAGUCCAAAAAAUACAAAUGUUGAAUCCUUAAGUCCAGUUAGUCAGACUACAGGAAAUUUGACUAAUACAAUGAAUGCAAAUGGUACACAUGUACCUCCAUCAGAAGAUCGUUAUGCGGCACUGAAAGACUUAGAUUCCUUAAUGAAGCAAAUACAAUUAAAAGAUGAUGCAACAACAUUAAAUACAUCUACAUGGAAUACUAAUAAUGCUACAAAUUCAAUUUGGAGUGUAGGAAAUCAAACUACAAAUGUAAUUUCAAAUCCAUUUACAACUGGUGAUUUAUGGCGACCAUCUAAUGUAGUUAAUAAUAAUACACAAUCAAUUGAUACUUCUUUAUACAAUCCUAUUAAUCCUUUUAAACCAGUACAAUUUCCUAUGAAUAAUGAUCCACAAUGGGUAGGUAUUGGACCAUCUAGUAACAGAGAUGUAAUUCAAUUUAGUCAAUUAAUGACAAAUAAAGUAUGGCAACCAACUCUUCCUGCAUAUCAUGCAAAUCCAUUUAUGGUUGGUUCUGGUGUGAGCAACAUGACAAGAAAUUCGAACAAUCCUUUCUUAUGAUCAAAUAAGCAUAAGUUUUUAAUGGAAUUACGAACAAAUAAUAUAGACCUAAAAUAUGUUUAGCUUAGGGCAAUUGUUUAUAUAUGUGACCUUAUUGGCAAUUAGUGCCAUUAAUUUUUAUCUACAGGAGCACCAAUCUCUUAUUCAUAUAACUAAAUAAUACUUUUAUUUAUGAAUAUAAUAUACACGUUAAAUAAAGAUUAAUAUUUGUUACCAAU